GAUGCUGCGUUUCGGUGAUAAGGUGUGCUCAAGCGACUCGGUUAUGCCUCUCCUAACCCAUGCACAGGUGAUGUUUAACAUCUUGCACUUUAGGCCACGGACCAGGUAAAUCACGCCAAGGGUUUGUCACACACACACAUACACACACUAACCUGAGUUUAUCUCAUUGAAGCACCGUGGUCACUUCUGACGCCCGUUAUAGCCUCAACGAAUCAAAGCUUCUAAUGCCAGACAAUUUAUCUUUCUUCUAAAACCACAACAAGAAGGAUUUCUCAGGGCCUCUGCACCUCUCAUUUGAUACAGUGAAAUCUGAUUUCAUUUCGGGCCAAAGCCAGAUUAGCUGAAUCUCCUGUUCUCUCUAACACCUUCACAAAACUGGCCAGAUUAGAUGGGAUUUUUUUUUUUCUUCAGCCACUUUAUACUUUUUUUGUGCUUUCUGUAUAGGGGGAUUAUGUUUUGUUUCCUUUCUUUAAUCUAUCGAGUAAAUGGGGGUUUGACACGAAGCACAAGGAGCAGAGAGAGAGAGAGAGAGAGAGAGAGAGAGGAAAAAAGAUUCAGUUCUAUAUGAAAGUCUGCUUCUUUGGAGUCCCAGAGCAGAGGAGCUCAGCAGACCAUGGAGAUGGGAGAAGAAGCUCACGUAGAGAAGAAGACGUUCGCCUUCAGCAUUGACAGCAUCCUGAGCAGGACGUUCGAGAGAAGUGACGAGAGCAAAGCCGGCACAGCUUCCGACUCACAACUCUCCACUAAAGAUGGUCCAGAUCUGGAGUCAGGAGCGACUACAAAUCCCGUGGAGCCUCUUCAUCAUGUCUGUGUGUGCUGCUGUUACUGCUCCCACUGUGGAGAGAUGCUCCAGGCUGAUUACCUGCCUGCUAUGUCCUGUCAGUUUGCAUGGAACAAGAGAGCGCUGACCGAACCAAGCCUGACAGAAGGUCAGAGGAGAGAAAGCUUCGGUCAGAUCCAGAAGCGGAUCCGGCGUCACCGCACCAUCUUCACCGAGGAGCAGCUGGACGCUCUGGAGGAGCUGUUUGUACAGAACCAGUAUCCGGACAUACACACCCGCGAGCAGCUUGCUGAGAGGACUCACCUGAGAGAGGAGAGGGUCGAGGUGUGGUUCAAGAACCGCCGAGCGAAGUGGCGAAGACAGAAGAGACUACAGUUUAGUCUCCAUGGGCAAGAUGAAUGGAAAAAUGUCCUGCAUGGUGACUGA